UCUGAUCCGAAGCGAAGCAGAGGCAUAUUUAAAAGUUCGGUCGGGAACCAUCCAUCAAGAACGGUAAUUCAACAAUUCAACUUAACAAUGGGCGUUAUCUCCCGUGAAUAGGUCAAUAUCUAGACCGACACCUCAAAUAUUGGACACAGUUACCUCCUAGAAAGAUGUCUGCGACAAUUCUGCAGGUAACUUCAACAGAAGAGAAGACCUUCCAGAAUCAAGAUACAUUGCCUCCUCUACCAUGUCCAGAUCUUAGCAAAACUCUCCAGAAAUACUUGGAGUCAGUCCGACCACAUGUAUCUGAUGAAGAAUACCAGCAGACCACGGAAAUUGUGCAGGAAUUUGCCAGCAAUGCCGGUCCCAGACUACAUAGUCUCUUGGAGAAAAAAGCUAAGAGUGAGAAUAAUUGGUUGGAAAAAUGGUGGGAAGACCUUGCUUACCUAGAGACUCGCAGUCCCUGUGCACCUAUGAUCAACACUGGGGGAGAAGGACCUUAUUACAGACAUUACUGGCCAGCCAAAGUAGGGACCCAGAUAGAGCGGUGUGCUAUGUGUUUGUAUUACUCUCUUGAAUUUUGGCAGUUUCUUAGACGUGAAACUCUCCGAGCUCAGACAAACAGAAAUGGUCAGUUCUUGUGUAUGAACCAAUACCACAAGAUAUUUACCACCUGUCGCAUCCCUGGAACAAAGAAGGACCAUCUUUUGCAUUAUUUUAAAACAGAGAGCGAAGGGGAGACACCCCAGCAUAUUUUGGUCUUGUGUCGUGGUCGAAUGUUUACAAUGGGAAUCACUGAUGACACAAAUGAACUGAUCACUGCACCAGAGAUGCAGAAACAACUUCAAAUUAUUUAUGAUAAGUGUAUCAACGAAGAAGCGGGACCAUCUGUUGGGAUACUCACAGCACAUGAUAGAACAAGUUGGGCAAAGUAUUACAAGGAAUUACUAGCAAUCCAUCCAGAAAACUUUCACACCCUGGAAUUGGUUCAGAAGAGCAUAAUGGCUGUCUCUUUGGAUGAAGACUGUCCUCAAGACACCAGUGAGUUGUUUACAAAAGCCAUUGCCGGUGAUCCAACUAACAGAUGGUUUGAUAAAUCUCUUAACCUUAUCAGUUUCAAAAAUGGUCUUUUUGGUUCUAACCUUGAUCACGCACCCUCUGAUGGGAUGACCACCGUCCACAUGACGUAUUAUGUUGACUGCCGUGUCAAAGAGUCAAAAGGAAAAUGGACAGGAAACAUGACUGUUCGAGACUUGGAACCACCAAAAGAAAUUGUACUUCACUUGAAUGAAAGCAUUUAUCAAGGAAUUGAAGAUGCAAAAAAAAUGUAUUUGAACACUGCCAAGACAAUAAAAUGUAACAUUUUGUGGUAUGAUAAAUAUGGCCGUACUUUCCUGCGAAGUUUUAAUCUUCAUCCAGAUACACAUGUCCAACUUGCAUUGCAGUACACCUACUACCGUUUGUAUGGCAAGCCAGCUCCGACAUAUGAAACUGCAACAAUCCGUGUAUUUUGGCAUGGGCGUACAGAAACAAUCCGAUCUUGUUCUGUGGAAGCUAUCAAGUGGUGCCAAGCAAUGUUAGAUGCUAAAGUCUCGAAAGCAGAAAAAUUGAACCUCAUGUUAGCAGCUGCACAGAAACACAACACACUGAGAAAUGAAGCUCAGAAUUUGGAAGGUUGUGACAGGCAUUUAUUGGCACUGUAUGUUCUGGCAAGAGAUAAUGGUGAAGACAUUCCAGCAAUAUAUACAGACCCAGCUUUCACAAAAAGCGGUGGUGGUGGUAACUUCUACCUGUCUACCAGUUUCCUCGGUUACACGACAGCUCAAGGAGGGACAUUACCCAUGGUUAAAGAUGGUUAUGGAAUCUUUUAUCACAUUGAAGAAGACUUAAUCUACGUGUUUUCUUCAUCAUUUAAAGACAGUGACUGUACUGACUGUGAGAAAUUCAGCAGCCUCCUUGCUGAAGUUUUCAAUGAAAUGAAGGACCUCUUGGAAAUCCAUACCAAAGUGGCUCAUCUCUGAAUAACAGUCAACUAACUGUAAUGUGAACAUUCCAAAAUUAUGUUAAUUUUAUAUAUUAAAUUUCAUUUUAUAUAGAAAUGUAUGAAAAAAUACUCCAAAUAAUACAAACAAUAUGCAAAAAUGUUUAUAUAAACUUGUUUAUUUGUAACAUGGAAAUAAAA